AACCCGUUCCUGUCAACUCAUCCACGUCGGACAUUAUGAUUCCAAUUGCGAUGUUUUUUACUCGUUUGCUUCUUCUCACCUGUGUGUUUUUGUUUCGUUAAAUGUCAUUACCAUUAAGUAGUAUGAGCUGUCAAAAUUCGAAAACAUUAAAACAACUGCUACCCCAUUACCCCCGUUGUGAACCACGCGUGCUAUGUCCUACGUCCCGUGUGACCCAAGUGUAUCCGUGCCCUCUAUGUGUGUUUGUGUGUGUCCAAGAUCCUCUACCCCCGUACCCGCAAUCCCCGCCUACCAAGAGAGCGCCAUCAGUCUCGAGAGCGGCACCAAAAACAAACCGGUCCCCAUGUUUGAAAACCCCGCAGCGCGUCCUCCAAUAACCCGGCAGUGAUGGCGUACAACGCGGUCCUGGUCCUGUUCGACGUGCUGGUGUUCCUCGUCAAGGCGAUCUAUAUCGUCGGCAAGGGCGUGUUCGAGAUGGCGGUUCUGCCGCCGGCCCGCGACGUGAGCGGUGACAUCGUGCUGAUUACCGGCGCCGGCCACGGCAUGGGCAAGAACCUGUCGCUGCAGUACGCCGCCCUCGGCACCACCGUCGUCUGCGUCGAUGUGAACGAGAAGACGAACCAGGAAACGGUCACCGCCAUCAAGUCGAAGGGUGGCAAAGCGUUCGGUUACACCUGUGACGUCACGAACCGCCAGCAGGUGGUGGACAUCUGCAAGAAGAUCCGCGAGCAGGUCGGCAUCGUCAGCAUUCUGAUCAACAAUGCCGGCAUCAUGCCGACCCAUCCGCUGCUCCAGCAGACGGAGAACGAAAUCCGCAAAACGUUCGACAUCAACGUGCUGGCACACUUCUGGUUCAUCCAGUCGCUGCUGCCGGACAUGAUCAAGCAGAACCGGGGCCACAUCGUCGUGCUGUCGUCGAUUGCGGGCAUGAUCGGGUUCAAGUAUCUCGUGCCGUACUGUGGCACCAAGUUUGCGGUGCGCGGCAUCAUGGAGGCGCUGUCGGAGGAGCUGCGGGCCGAUCCGGCCAAGCCGAACGUCAAGUUCACCACCAUCUACCCGUACAUGGUCGACACGGGGCUGUGCAAGCGGCCGUACACCCGCUUCCCGAGCCUGCUGAAGAUGGUCAAGCCGGACGAUGCGGCGGCCGCCAUCAUCGAUGCACAGCGGCGCGGCCUCAUCGAGGCGUCCAUCCCGAAGUAUCUGCUGUACCUGAACACCUGGUUCCGCAACAUGCCGCUGCGCGUCGGCCAGGAGUUUGGCGACCUGCUCGACACCGGCCUGCAGUCGGACCUGUGAGAGAGGUGCCUGUGACUACUUCCGACUGGCUACUUACACUGUUAUCGUUUUGAGAGUUGUUUACGUUUAGAAAAAUAAUAAAGAGAAACUGUUGCGACGCGUUUUUUUGUUUGUUAGUUAA